UGCCGUUAAACCCUGAUUUCCCAAAGUUCAAAACUUUGCACCCCAAAAACUGUAGAGUCCAAUGUCAGAAAAUCUUAAGCACCCACUCAAACUAGAUAGCAUCAGCAACUCCCAAUCUCCCCAAAGGCCUUCAAAGAUUUUCAAAACCGCCGACGAUCUCAGCGAGGAGUCUCAGCAACUGCAAUCGAUGAGCCAACACCCUGGAAUCCAGCGAUAUCUUCUGGCAAUCGAGUACAUUGGUACUCGCUUUUCGGGCUCGCAGCAGCAGUCCAAUUGCCGCACAGUUGUUGGCGUUCUUGAGGAGGCAUUUCGUAAAUUUAUUGGGCAGCCGGUUUCGAUAUUCUGUUCAAGUCGAACUGAUGCUGGAGUCCAUGCCUUGUCGAAUGUUUGUCAUGUAGAUGUUGAGCGCAUUAGCAAAAGGAAGCCUGGCGAAGUGUUAGAACCCCAUGAAUCUGCAGUGGUCAAAAAAGCUGUGAAUCAUUUCUUACAGAAGAAUGAAGGUGACGUAAUGGUGAUAGAUGUUCGAAGUGUUCCAGCUAAUUUUCAUGCUCGAUAUAAAGCCCAAGAGCGCACGUACUUCUACCGUUUUCUGUCCGGACCAGAGCCUUUGUCAACUUUUGAAAAAGACCGGGCAUGGCAUGUACCUGAGGAGCUGGAUCUUUGCUCUAUGCAGGAAGCAUGCAAGGUUCUGGUUGGACAUCAUGAUUUUAGUUCCUUUAGGGCAGCAGGUUGUCAGGCAAAGUCGCCGAUCAGAACUUUGGAUGAACUUAAUGUUUCUGAGGUAGUGUCAAGUCCUUGUUUUCCAUCAAUAAUGGAGAGGAAACAAAACAAUUUAGUGGAGGAAGAUCCUCAUGCCCACACUAACAAAUUAGAGACUGAUACACCCUCUAGUUUCAAUGAAGGACAAGGAUUUGGUGUGAGAAAAAAGCACCGUUGCUUUGUGGUAACCGCACGAGCACGUUCUUUUCUAUACCACCAGGUUAGACUGCUUGUUGGUGUACUCAAAUGCGUUGGCACUGGAGAUUUAAAAGUACCUGAUGUCGAGAGGAUCUUGAAUGCAAAGACGGUGACUGCCGCUAGUCCCAUGGCACCUGCCUGUGGUCUGUACCUUGGACAAGUGAAGUACGAUUUGCCAUGAGAUGAACACGGCUACUCUGUCAGAUGCUUGCGGUGGACUUCUGUGGAAUCUUAGAGAAGGUGUGUCUUCGGGGGGUUGCAUGGAGGGCAAGCGUUCUAUAUGUGCACCAGUUCAUCGGACUAGUGCGCGAAUGCACCAAAGCCUAUGAUGUCCUGCAGUAGAUAUUGUUGAUUCAAAUUUCAGGGUUAUACUCGUCGCCAAUUUUUCAAGCCUACCGCGCAGACAUUGUCGACCCAAAUUUCUCAGAAAGUUCAUAAACACAAGCAUUUUUUAAUAGUAGAUGUCAAGUUGAUGGUUAGAGAUCGAUAGCGGAUUCCACGUACACUGUUUUAUUCCCGUAUUAAGGUUUGCCUCGUUGCCGAUACUAAUAGCUCCUUUUUCCGGAGUACCAAACGUGGGAUGUGAUUAGGCUUGACCAUUUAUUCCACGACUUGUAUUUUUUUUAUCACAAACGAUAUUAUUUCCGCUAAGAAGAGAAGAUGAAUUUAAUCUCACAAUUGACUAACAA